UGAACCUUAUACUUCAAAUUUUGCAAAACUUGUAAUUUAAACUUGUAGUUCCUAAAAAGGAGUAUGGAAAUAAAUUGACUAGGAGAGGAAAUCGGCAAUGCGCAAGCUCCAGGCUUCCUCUAUCACCAAUCGCCACCACUUCUUUUUCUCUCACGACGCGUCACAAAAGCAAUGAGCUUCCAAAUUAUGAAAGCAUGUCCAGGUUCAAUGAACUUGGAAAGCUCCACAAAUUGGUUCAAUGCGGUUGUGGGAUCGCCCGGCCAUCGUCAGCCUUUCUCAAAGGGGGUGUGCACUGAAGCCGGUGAACGCAGAGUUUAAAUGGAAUGAUUCCAUUGUCCCUCUCGCGGCAGCUAUCGUUGAGCCUGAAGUAGCAGUGAAAAUAGAGGUGGAAAACUAUGAACAAUUGGCCGAGGAGCUUCAGAACUCUUCACCUCUGGAGAUUAUGGAUAAGGCGUUUGAGAAGUUUGGCAAUGAUAUUGCUAUUGCAUUCAGUGGUGCUGAAGAUGUUGCUUUGAUAGAGUAUGCUAAGCUAACUGGUAGACCCUUUAGGGUGUUCAGUUUGGACACUGGGAGGUUGAACCCAGAAACAUAUAGGUUUUUUGACGCUGUCGAGAAGCAUUAUGGCAUUCAUAUUGAAUACAUGUUUCCUGAUGCUGUUGAAGUUCAAGCUAUGGUAAGGAGCAAGGGCCUGUUCUCUUUCUAUGAGGAUGGACACCAGGAGUGCUGCCGGGUGAGAAAGGUGAGACCCUUGAGGAGAGCUCUCAAGGGGCUACGUGCUUGGAUCACUGGCCAAAGAAAAGAUCAAUCCCCAGGCACUCGGUCUGGAAUUCCUGUUGUCCAGGUGGACCCAGUUUUUGAGGGAAUGGAUGGUGGAGUUGGCAGUCUGAUCAAGUGGAACCCAAUGGCAAAUGUUGAGGGCCUAAAUGCAUGGAAUUUCCUUGGAGCCAUGAAUGUGCCCGUAAACUCACUUCACUCACAAGGGUACGUCUCAAUUGGCUGCGAGCCUUGCACAAGACCAAUUCUUCCAGGCCAACAUGAGAGAGAAGGAAGAUGGUGGUGGGAGGAUGCUAAGGCUAAGGAAUGUGGUCUUCACAAAGGAAAUCUGAAGCAGGAUGAUCUAGCCCAACUUAAUGGCAAUGGUAAUGGGGCUAUCCAUUCAAAUGGAGCCGCUGGAGUUGCUGAUAUUUUCAACUCGCAGAAUUUGGUCAAUUUGAGCAGUGCUGGAAUUGGGAAUUUGUUAAGAUUGGAGAGCAGAAAGGAACCAUGGAUUGUUGUUCUUUAUGCCCCAUGGUGCCAAUUCUGCCAGGGCAUGGAAAAAUCCUAUCUUGAAUUAGCUGAUAAGUUGGCUGGAAGUGGAGUGAGGGUGGGGAAAUUCAGGGCAGAUGGCGAUGGAAAAGAAUUUGCCAAGCAAGAAUUACAGCUUGGAAGCUUUCCAACGAUACUUUUCUUUCCCAAACACUCCUCUCGGCCUAUUAAAUACCCCUCAGAGAAGAGGGAUGUAGAUUCCUUGAUGGCUUUUGUCAAUGCACUCCGGUGAUGGAAAUAAAGGUCAUUUGAUUAUGACGUUGAAUCACUUGAACCCAGAAGUCAAGGUGGUUUUUGAUCCUCACAAGUUCGUUACAUCCAGUGAUUAGGAGGUGGACUCACAGCCACAGGCUCAAUUGGAAUAAUGGAGGAACCAGCGAGCCUCAACCUUGACUAAAUUGUUUGCCAGUUCCAGCACUAGCAGCCUUAAGAUCUCGGAUCUUAUCUCCUUUUCUGCACUUUUGCUCCCUUGCUAGUUUUGCAAGAUUCGAUUUCUAGGCUAGAGUUUGACUUUUUAGUCUUCAGAGGUUGUCAAAGAAUCAUUUGUAUAUAGAUGGGAAGCAGAGUUAUUGUAUGAAAAAAAUUUUGCUUUUGCGAUUCUUAAGUUCAUAUUUGUCAUCUACUACUGCAUUAAAAUAGAAGUUGAAUAUCUAAUCUAUAUCUAUAUCUAUAUCUAUAUCUAUAUCUACUACUGCAUUAAAAUAGUAUUUGAUGGCAUCUAAUCUAUAGCUAUAUCUCUAAUCGUAGCGCAGAAAGAUUUUUAUCUACUUCAUAGGUCUCUAGCAAAGAUCAAGUGGCCGACUUUUUCAAUAAACUUUUAUCAGCUACACAAUGCUAACAUUUCUAUUCCAAGUUCCAAGUUGUCUUUGAGCUCCCUCCGAAAUCUAACUUGAAGGAGGCGUAGAAGAAUACAUAUUAAUUUGUAAAACAUAUCAAUUUGUCUUUAUUUUUUUAAAUAUUAUUUUGUAAUUAUAGCUUGACAUAUUCUGAAUCUAUAAGUUUUAGCUUAUUUUGUUUUAGUAUCCUUUAUAAAUUUUUUUCCCUAAAUAGUUUAGCUUUUUUUUGUACAGAAUUGAAUCUUCAAUACAAGAUGUAUUCUCUCAGAAAAGCUUCUCUCUCUUUACGCUUAUGCGAGUGGAGGAGGGUUUCGUAAUAUGCACUGUAACAGCUUCUGAAAAAUUGGGUUAUUGUUUCUAAUGAUGCUUUUUUCAACAUUCCUAGAGAAUCUGAGGAUGUCCUUGAUGAAGAUGAUUAUGAGCUCCUUCGAGACAACAAUGCUUUCCACCACCGACCGAAGGUUGUGAUUUCUAUUUUUUCUACCUGAUGUUGUUGCUUAUUACACAUGCUUGUUAUAGUGAUUGGGAGUUCAUUUUAUUUUCAGGAUAGCAAAAAUUUAAGCGGUUGAAAAAAGCUGAGGGAUUCUGAUGAGGAGCGCUUUGGGUUUCCUGAUGAGGAGUUUGACUGAAGUGGUAAAGGUGGGCGAACAGCUGAAGAGAAACUUAAGCACACAUUAUUUGGUGAUGAUGAAGGAGUUCCCCUUGAGGAUAUUGCUGAAGAGGAGCAGGAGGAAGAAGAGAACGAGGACCGGGACAUUGGCGAGGAGAAUGAAAUGGCUGAUUUUAUUGUGGACAAAGAAGUUGAUGAAAAUGGAGCUCCAAUGAGACGGACGAAACUGAAGAGAAAGAAAUCCAGGCAGGCACCAGGAGUCACAUCAACUGCUAUCAGGAAGGUCACGAACUAUUGGUGAUGUUGAUGACUUCCUGCUUCGACGCAAGCGAGAAUUAGAAUUUAGUGAAUGGAAGGAAACAAGAUUGGAUAAGGAAUUUGAACCAACUGUACUUUCUGAGAAGUAUAUGACUGAGAAAGAUGAGCAGAUUCGAAUGACUGACAUUCCAGAAAGAAUGCAGAUAUCUGAGGAAAGCACUGGUCCUCCUCCAACUGAUGAAAUCAGUAUAACAAAAGAGGGCAGCUGGAUAUAUAAUCAACUUGCAAAUGGUACGGUUCCUUUAUUUCGCAAGAGAAGAGAUAAGGCACAUGAAUAAGAGCAAGAUUUGCCCUUGAGCAGGGACGACAUCAUCCAAUUUUUGGAAUUGCACCAUGUUCAGAAGCUAGUUGUUAGUACUUUCUGAUUUACAUGGGUAUAAAUCCUACAUUUGGUCUAAUUUUGAUCGUAGUCUGUCAUUAUUCUUCUGGUGUUUUAGGUCCCCUUCAUUGCUAUGUAUAGAAAGGUGGAGUGUUCAAGCCUGUUGAAAGAUCCUGAGAACCUUGACGUUGAUGGUAAGAAUCAUGACAAAUCUGAAAGAACACAUAUGCUGAAGUGGCACAAGGUACUUUGGGCAAUUCAUGACUUGGAUAGUAAGUGGUUACUUCUU